UAGCUUGACGUUUUUUGGAUACCAUUCGCAAACCUCUUAACCCUCGUACGUGCUUCCGUUCUCAUGAUUCGGCGGAAUACCCAAUUUCACGCAAGCCACAAGUGGGUUUGGAGUGGCCGGCGCCGGCACUGGGCCUUACUAUCUCGCACUCGAGGAGCGUCCGCGCGAUCAAUGACUGCAUCCAUAACGUCACGACGGCCCUCCGCGACCGCGAUUGGCGGGCGGCUGCCAUGUCAGCGACGUCAUGCCUGUUUACCCGACUUCUUGUCCGCCCGUGUCGACUUCUCGGAAAUCAGCUAAACGAGGACCUCAAUUAAGAAUUUGCUGAUACGUCCCCGGCGUGUUGAAUUUCAGCCAUCCGCUCCGCUCACGCCUGGCUGUUAAACCCAGUCAAGUAUUUGUCCACUAUUUUAAAAGUACUUUUCGUGAGUUUUUUCAGGCGUCACCGAUGCCGGCCUGCAUGGUGUGCGGCCGGCCUGCAGGACAGCGGUGCGCGGGCUGCGGCGCCGCCUACUACUGCGGCAAGGACCACCAGAAGCUGCACUGGAAGCAGCACAAGCCGGGCUGCUCGCCGGUCAAGGAGGCCAGCUCGGCGCAGCUGGGCCGCUACCUGGCGGCCGCGCGCAACCUGGCCGUCGGGGAGGUGGUGCUGCGGGAGGCGCCGCUCAUCGAGGCGCCGCCCCCCAGCACGCAGCCGGUGUGCCUCACCUGCUACAAGCCGCUGUUCGAGGCCUCCGCCAAGGAGUGCGAGAGGUGUGGGUGGCCGAUGUGCGGGCCAGAGUGCGCCAACAACCCCAAGCACCGCGGGGAGUGCAGGCUCACGGUGCAGAAGAGAGGCGACAAGAUGAACAUCCGCAACUUUGGGCUGCCGCACCCCAGCUACCAGUGCAUAGCCACUCUGCGCUGCCUGGCGCUCCGGGACAGCUCGUCCGCAAAGUGGCGCCGGCUGCUGGAGAUGGAGUCGCACAGCGAGCAGCGCGCCGGCUCGCCCCGGCAGGAGCAGGAGCGCUUCGGCGUGGCCCUCUUCAUCCUCCGGGUGUUCCCCAAGCUGCGCGACAUCGACAAGCUGACCGAGGAGGAGAUCCUGAACAUCUGCGGCAUCCUGCAGGUGAACGGACACGAGGUGCCGCUGAGCGAGCCGCCGUACGUGGCGGUGUACGACAAGGGGUCCCUCUUGGCGCACUCGUGCCGCGCCAACUGCGCCAAGAGCUUCUCCUCGGCCGGGGAGCUGGUCGUGCGCACCGCGCUGCCCGUCAAGGCGGGCGAGCCGCUCACCAUCUGCUACACGGACCCCAUGUGGGGCACGGCCGCGCGGCGCCAGCACCUGUACGACACCAAGUUCUUCUGGUGCCGGUGCGAACGCUGCGUCGACCCCACCGAGUUCGGCUCCUACUUCAGCGCGAUCGCCUGCCCCGGCGGCGACGGCGAGCAGCCGGACUGCCCGGGGGCCAUCAUGCCGGACGACCCCCUGGUGGAGGGCGGCGCGCCGGAGGGCGGCGACCCCGACAUGGGCGAGCAGCAGUACUGGCGCUGUCCGACGUGUGACAUCAGCAUGCCGCAGGGCUCGGUGCUCUCACUGCUCAGAAGGGUCGGCGAGGACCUCAGCGAGCUGGACAAGGACGACGCCGAGGCCUGCAGGCUGUUCCUGCAGCGCUACGGCGGGGACGAGUUCCCCCUGGACCUCAAGGAGAAGGACGCCGUGCGCCGGCCGCUGCUCUCUCGCAACCACUUCUACCUGACGGACGUGCGCCUGGCGCUGGCGCAGCGCUACGGCCAGGACGGCGUCGACGCCCAGCAGGGCCUCCGACAGCUAUCUGACGGCGAGAUCGCCCACAAGCGCCAGCUGUGCCGUGAGCUGCUCAAGCUAGCCGAAAAGCUGGUGCCAGCCGAGCAUCGCAUGCGGGGGCUGCUGUGGUUCGAGCUGCACGCCGUGGAGGUGGAGGCGUCGCGGCGUCGCGGCCUCGAUCAGGGCCCCGACCCCGCCGCCCUGCGCGUCAGCCUGCUGGAGUCCCGCCGCUGUCUGACGGAGGUCAUCGAGCUGCUGCGGUGCGAGCCCCCCGAGCUACCGGAGGGCAAGGUGCUGCGGCAGGCCCGCCUCAACUUCAAGGAGGUGGAUCAGCUGCUCUGCGCACUGCACCACGCCGUCGGGGACGCACCCUUGUGAUAUCUCGUCAUUGUCAUCGCUUCAUGCUUAAUCAUCCUUCAUCCGCAAAAGUCUCUUCACAGCCUUCGCCUUUCAUGUUUAUAAAUAAACGAUUUUUUUGUUCUU